AUGGUCCAAGGGAAGAAGUUGAAACUUCUACCGGAAGAACACAGAAAGAAGUUUUGGGAAGGCAUUACCACUUAUGAGUAUGUUGUGGCAAUGAGAGCAAUGAGCAAGGCGCCAGCUGGAGCUUCGAUCGAUGAGGAAAUGCCUAAUGUGCAGUAUUCUCCCUCUGGAUCUGCCACGACCGGUUUUAGUGGUGGAAGCUCUCUUUGUCUACCAUACAAGGGAGCCUGGUGCACUCCUCCUAGAGUGUUUGUUGAUUAUCAAGAUGGAGUCAUUCCUCAUUUGGACCCUGGAAUGGUCCCAUCGACCAUAGAUCCAGAUGCAGCUGAAUCAGCAGAGAGGGGUAACAAGAUCCCAAAGAGACCUGUCAAAAUCAGUGCUUGGAAACUCGCAAAGCUGAAUUCAAAUGAAGCUACAAGGGCAGCAGCCAGAGCCAGAGCAUCCUCGUCUGUCUUAAGACCGAUAGAAAACCGUCAUGGACAAGACGAUGACCUUAGUUCUAGUGGCACCAUCAGUGUCAUCAGCAGUGUAAGCACAGAUGCAAAUGGAGCUGUGUUGAGUAAAGAAAUGAGAAACAAUGAUCCAAGGUUGUCUCUUUCUAGAAACUCUUUUGCUCAAAGCCAAGGUAGCAGGGACGAGUACGAGACAGGGACACACAGUAUGAGCAGUUUCAGCAGUCCUAGCCAUGUUCACGAGGCCGUCACGCUUAGCCCUCUCCCUCAGUCUCAUACAGCUGGCCACCGCUUCACUGCACCGGCAUCAUUAAAUGCUCCUCGUCUACUUCUUAAUCCAGCGACCAACCACUUGAUCCACUCAACCUUUAAUGCAAAGAUAAUGCAGAAAGGAAACAACCCCGAUCCAUUGCUUCACACUGCUCCUUCAGCUUCUCUUCUGAGAGAUGUGAGAAGAAUAUCAGUUGUUUGGGACCAAGAAGCAGGUAGGUAUGUAUCAGUUCCUGCAACAACAUCUGAGGCAAGAACCAGAUUGUUCUCACAGAACCAGCCACUUCCUAUCUCACACAUGGGUAACACUCAGAAUCCAAGACCCGUUGUUCUUCCACCUUCAUCUGGUAAGGCUCCUCCUCCAUUGCAGCAAGGAGAGAGACUUACGUAUACAGGUGACUCAAUCUUCUUUGGGGGUCCUCUGGUGAAUAUUCCGAACAGAGAUAGCCUUAGACAUGAAGGAGACUCGGGAAGAGAGGGACAAGAGAGAAUGACAUUGACAUUGCCUCGAGAAGCUAGAUUCAGAAGAGACUCAGCCUCAAACCAGCUUCCAGUCUUUGCUCCUGUUGGUAACCGCAAGUAAAAACCUUCAAUAUUUCAAGGACCUUGAUAGAGACUGACAGGAGAAGAAGAGGCUUAGCUGCUUGAAGGUCAAAAUCAAUGGGACUCGCUCAACGGUUGCAGUCAAUAGAUACGAUUUGUCUGAAUCUCCGGGGACUUGUGGUUGAGUAGUUUGCGGAUUAGUUGAUGAGGUAGAAAGUAGAAUCCUUUGUGAACAUUCCUUCCACGAGCUGGGUCUUCUUACAUCAUUGCUUCAUUAUUCGCUUUGAAAGAACCAAGUUGUUGUAUGACUCCAUGAAUCUAAGAUCUUGCUUUUAUGAUCAUUACUUUAGAGAAUUAGCUCA